AUGUCGACCGCCGUCAAUCCCACGCCAACCACUGUACCGACGAAUUCGAGACCCUCUUCAAUUCCAGCGCCCCCGUCGCAUGGCGAUUCCCCUUAUACGAACGGUCAUGCGCACCACCACCACCCUCACGAUGGCCACCCGCAGUCUGCGUCGAACGCAGCCAAGAAAGGCAAACAAAAGAAAGCGGCGGAUCCAAACGAAGCUUCCAAGUUGAUCGCUGCCAAAAUAUCGCAGUUGGAGCUGGGGGCUGCCGAAGAUAAGGAGCAGGAGGCUGAAAUUGAACGGGAGGUCAAAAGGGCCAACCGCGAGCUCAGCAAUCUUACCUCCAAGAUGGACGACCUGCAUAAGAUUGACUUCUUACAAAAGCGCGUGACGGAACACCUCACAGAUGUGAGGCGCUGGGAGCGCAAGAGCCGGAAGAAUCAGAAACGGGCGGACGACUUGCAGAAAGAAAAGGAUCAAAGGACAAGCGAACUCAGCAAGCAAACCAGCAUGAGAGGAAAGUUGGAAACACUUUGCCGAGAACUACAGAAAGAGAACAACAAACUCAAGGCUGAGAACAGAGGAUAUCAAGAUUCCGAGAAAAGCAGCCACGAUUCCUGGGAUGAGAAAUUUAGGAGUCUGUUAUGGCAACUUCAGGAUUAUCAAGACGCAAAAGAUCACCCACAAGCCCAGAUUGUUAAUAUUGAGGUGGAAGAUCUAUUCAAGCAACGCUUCAAGUCCUUGAUUGAACAAUAUGAGCUUCGAGAACUCCAUUUCCACUCUCUAAUGCGAGCGAAAGAAUUAGAAGUUCAGUAUAAUAUGGCUAGAUUCGACCGCGAGCGCAAGGCUGCGGAAGCAGAAGUCACUCGGUCGAAGGCUUUGAAUACCCAAGUUCUGACUUUCUCAAAAACUGAAAAUGAGUUGCGAAAUCAACUCAACAUUUACGUCGAGAAGUUCAAACAGGUGGAAGAUACCCUCAACAACAGCAACGAUUUAUUUUUAACCUUUCGGAAAGAGAUGGAGGACAUGUCCAAGAAAACAAAGCGAUUGGAAAAGGAGAAUAUGAAUUUAACCCGGAAGCACGACCUUACCAAUCAGAACAUUCUCAAGAUGGCGCAGGAGCGGACUAAGAGCAACGAGGAGCUCGAGGCUUUGAGAAAGAAGAACGACAAGCUUACGAGUAUCAUAAAUCAAAUGCAGAAACAAGGCAGAGGCGUUGCCGGUGGUUUGAUGGGAAUGCCGGAAGGAAGUGUGGAAGGGGAGUAUGCUGAAGGCGAUAUGGAGGGCACGGAAAGUGAGUAUGAGUAUGAAGACGAAGAAGCAGAAGAUGGUGACGAGGAGGGAAGCGAAGAGGGAGAGUACGAUGAAGAUACCGAGGAGGAACCCCACCUCCAACAUGGCGCUCCGAAGCCAUUUGGCCCUGUCCCGCCACCUGCUCCUCUCUUGGCCAACGGCCUACUGGCUGCUACCGCAAACGGCAUCAAGCAUUAA